AUGGCCGACUCUCUUGAAACUGCACAGCAUUUUAUAUACGUUACCCAAGUUUACUUUUGUUACGCCGUUGUUAUAUGGGACUGGGUCAUUAGUUUGCCUCGAGAAUGGCGCUUUAUCUGGAAAUCUGAUUGGACCCCUGUCAAGGUGGCUUAUCUUUUCUGUCGAUAUUGGGUCAUAGCAGUUGUCCCAUACCUAUUGUUCGCCUUCGUCAUGAAUCACACGCAGGAAGUCUGCUCCAAAAUAUACAGAAUCCCCGUAGCGCUUGCAAUGUGGAAUCAAGUCGGUUCUGAAUCGGUUUUGCUCAUCCGCACUUACGCUUUCUUCAAUCGCAAUAUUUAUAUCCUCACGUUCCUUAUAUGCGCACUUUCUGGAGUUGUGUCUUACCAGCUUUAUGUCGACACCUCUCAAAUGGACUUGCUUGGAUUCGUCACUCCUCCAUUCAUUGCCCCGCUUCUUUUUGACACCAUCGUAACGUCUAUGACCAUCUGGAAAGCUUUCACUAUCCGCCGCCGCAACGGUGGCCCGAGUAGCAAACUCAUUCAAACUUUUCUUCGUGAAGGUGUCUUUUACUACAUUCUGAUUUCCAUAGCAAACCUGAUUAACGGGAUCUUUUAUCUGCAGCCUCGUCAAGUCAUAUCCGCUAUCAAUAUACCCCUGAGCGUGAUGAUGGCACCCGUGCUCGCCUGUCGUCUUAUUCUCGAUCUCCGCGAGCGAGGUGCGGAAACUGUAUCCCAUUCUGAAGGAACGGGUAUCGCGGCAUUUACCACUAAAUCUGGCGUCACAAGUUCCAAUGGUCACCGUGGCAAAAGUAGGGGCCUCGGAACUAGGACAGCUCGGGGACAAGCAUCUACAAUUACCUCAAACGUUGUACUCAGUACUAUUGGGAGUCUUCACGAUGUGGAAGCUGCUGACGUCGAGCUAGACGACAUGCACUUUGAACUAGGCAUGGGGUUCGGCGACGAAAGCUCCAAGGCAUUAGACGAGAGCGUUCGAGCCACUCCGGCACCAGCGUAUAACUCCCUUGAGAUGGGAUUCCAUACUUCGGACCACAGCGAAGAUGGAGGGGUUUCCGGAAUCCGAGUCGACAUAGAGAAGACCACUUCCACCAUGUAAGCAGAAUAACCUCACAAAGGGACGUU